GGUGAGUCCCCACCUAAGUUUGAUUCUUGCAGAAGGAACUGAUGUUUACACUUUUAGGCCCAUCCUCUGCUUUCUCCUAGCUAACAGCUUAGCAUCAACAGCGCCUAAUGAGAGCGGUCGGCUGCUGCACAACACCCACAGGAUGCCUCGAAGAAAGAAAAUGGCUCAAAGCCCGGCCAGGUCCGCAGGUGGGCCAACGGAGGGAGGAAGCUUCGGCUAUAACACCGGGAGCGAUCACCUUGUGGCAAACAGCUACCCUACGAGCAGCACCGAGAAGGAGAGGAUCGUUAAGAGCAUGCAGGAGAUGUUUUCCCACCUGGACCCGGAGGUUAUAUACAUCGUCCUGUCCGAGUGUGACUUUAAAGUUGAAAAUGCCAUGGACUCCCUUCUGGAAUUGCAUGUGGCUGCUGAAGGGGCCGCUCCACCCUCUGUUUCUGGCUUUGAACGGACCGCUGCUGCCUUGCUCGGCUCAGAGGACUCUCCAGAGAACAGACAUUCCCCUGGAGAACCCCACCAGCCCAACUUUCCUUCGCUCGCCGACUCAUCGACAGAAAACCUGGACUUGCUAAUCGAUCAAGAGUUAGAGGCUCUCUGCUCUUUCCGAGAAGAAGAAGAAGGGGAUGGAGGUCUCUCCUCUUUCCCUCCGCUGCCUGCUCCUCAGCAGGCUCUUCCAGAGCUGCUGCAGAGCAGCCUGGAUGCUGGAUGUAGAAAGCGCCUCAACCAGCAGCAGCCUGGAACUUCCUCCCCUAUCAACCAGCACAGACCAUGGGGCAACCAGAUUCCAGAAACACAGAGAGAUGUUCUGGAUUUCACACACCUAUUGACAGAAACUUCUCCAGAGGAACAGAAGCCUUCUUUGGAGCUGGGAGCUUCGGGACGUCUCUCAGCCUUUCAGGUGUAUAAAAAACAGGAGACACAUUCAGAAAGUCCUGCAUCUUCAUCUGUCAGCGGACCCAUAUCGGAAUUUAACUCACUAGUUAGCAAUCCACAUAGCUAUGGGUUGUUACCGUGGAACCUGGAGGCACCAGCAUUCUCUCCUCGUAGCCACGGAAACCAAAAUCCAUGCUUCAUCACUCCCGUGGCUUAUUCGCCAUCGGUGUGGACUGGCCAGAGCCGGCUUCUUUUUUCCCCACCAAGGCAGCAGCAUCCUGGACACUUUGCUGCUUUUCCAAGGCCCUGGGUCCUGCCCGUCCCCCCACGUUUUACCUCCAGCUCCAACAAGCUGCGACUGCAAGGCAGGGUGCUCGUGCUGCUGCGUGGAGCUCCAGGAUCUGGCAAGUCAACACUUGCAAGAGCUUUUCUGGAGCAGAACCCAGGAGGAGCCAUUCUGAGCACUGAUGACUAUUUCCUUCGCAAUGGAGAGUAUCGCUUUGACCCCACAGUCUUGGGGGAAGCCCAUGAAUGGAACCACAAACGAGCCAAGGAGGCCUUUGAAAGAGGCACCAAUCCCAUCAUCAUCGACAACACCAACAUGCAGGGCUGGGAGAUGAAACCCUAUGUGGCUCAGGCCCUGAAACAUGGAUACAAGGUGCUGUUCAAAGAGCCGGAUACGUGGUGGAAGAACAAACCCAGAGAACUGGAACGGCGUACCGCUCAUAAUGUGGCCUUGGAAACGAUCCGCCGCAUGCUGGGUGGAUACGAACGCUAUGUGACAGUCCAGUCCAUCAUGGGCACACUCAUGCCGGAGCGCAAGCAGCACAUUCUUCAGGAGAACAAGACAUCAGAGCCUCAGAGAUCGGACGCGUCCUGUCCUGACCUUAUAGGUCAACCUGAAUUAAGAGAGGGAUGCAAGAAGUCUCACCAGCAGCUGUUUUCUUCCCUCCCUGAUUUAUCAUCUCUGAGUUUCCCAAGAGAGGUCAUGAAGCCCGAUCACAUCACCAGCAAAUCCACCGAGUCUCUCAACCUCAAACUUUGUGGAAAACCCACCAGGAACGCCAACAUUUCUGAAGAACACAGCAGUUUUGAUUUGGGCGAGCUGGAUUCAGAGUUAGAUCUCCAGUCGGAGCUGAACGCCCAAACGGUUGAGCAGGGAAUCCCGGACUGUAUAGUGGAAUCAGUGAUGAACGAGGAAAACGCUGAGGCUGAAAUGUCUGUGGCUUUAACUGGUUCUAUUGCACAAAGAGUGAAGAGAGAACGGCCAAGCAGAAGAUCUGACUUUGAAGCGGCUAUGAAAGACGCUGACAGAGAAAACCCAAAAGCAGAGGAAGCGGGAUGUGAGGAAACCGGGAGGAAGGUUGAGGAGCAGAAGACGCUUCAGUUUGUGGGAGAUUGGCCUUCUGCGGGGUCUAUGAAGCAGCGACAAGGCAGGAAAAGAGAAGGGAAUAGAGAGACGCCUGCCAAGGCUGAAGAGGAAAAAGUCAGUGGUGAUGAGAGAACAAUCCACGUCCAGUCAGGUCCAGACAUGACUGAGUUUCAGAAGCUUAUUGAUCUAAUUCAAACUGGGAUUUUAACAGCUCAGACAGACUCUCCGGAGAAUCCUGAUGGGGAUUUUGAGAGGGAGGAUGAGGCAGGUGGUGUGUUUGAGGAACCCUGUGAUUCUGGACCUAAAAAUGAAGACAAGCAGCAAAACCAAAGCCAGCUUAACAGCAGAAAACCAGAAUUACCUGACUGUGUGUUAGACGGGAAUGCUGCUGACAUCAUAGAACUGAAAAGUGACAAAUCUAAAGGUCUUAAAGCUGAGAAUGAAAUGAAUAGCAUUAAUGACGGGAGUGUCACCAUUCCAGAGACGGAAAUGCCGUCUGACAGCUUCAGAAACGAUCAAGUGGGUGGUGAUCCCGCUGUUCAGGACAGUUGUCAUCCAGAUGUUGGUGUGAAGGUUUGCCCUGACAACGACGCUAAAGCGGAGAGCGACCGCAACCUCAUCGCCGAGCCUCCUCAGAGUCCGGAAUGUGACAGCUUUGUGGAAACGGGAAGUUCAGGAGGCAGUCAGGAAAAAAAGCCCCGUCGGAGAUCCGGGAAGCUCUGCAAGCUCGCACUCUCCUUCCCUCAAAGCUGUCCUGCUUCAUCUUCAAAUGACCCCCAAAGUUCAGACUCGACAGCUGAAGCAGCAGAUGGGGAAAAGACUAGCAUCAAACCUGUUUUUAAUCCUCAGAGUAAUACCAGACAGAAUGAAGAGGUUUCUGACCCGUUGUUAAACUCUCCGGGUCCCAUAGAGACGGGCUCCUUCGUUCAGACGGAACCUCAAGACUUUGCCCGUCUUUGGCGUUUCAAUCGCCACGGCGACGGUAAUGACACAGUCACCGCUGAUGGCAGCCACUCCGGGGAUUAUAAAGUUCUGUUUGGCAACUCCUCUCGGUUUGUGCCGGAGCUGUCCUCGGCGGUGUCCGCUGCAGUUGCGGUUGAUCCGUCCGGCCACACAGAGGUGGCCGACCACGUGGUGCACGAGAAAAGCACUCAAGUGGAGGAGAAGGACCUCGGAGUCACUCAGGACCGGCUCCAGAGCCUGCGCAUCCUCAGCCGCCACUUUAAGCUGGUCAGCUUUGACACGUUGGAGGAUCUCUAUGAGAAGUGCCAUCAGGACUUGGAGUGGACCACCAACCUGCUGCUGGACUCCGGAGAGAGGUUCUUCAAGGAUGAGGAUGAAGAGUUGGAAAAAGUCUGUGAAGCUGACAUAGAAGACAACUUGUCCAGUCUGUGUGGAGAUUCAUGUGAGAAUGAGGGAAACCGUGAUUGCAUCAAUGAUUUAGACGAAGAAGAACUUCAAGAGCAGUUAAAAUCAGAGCAAUCUGGAGUUAAGGAAACCUGUGAGAUCGUCAAUAAACCAGAUGACAUGAACAUAAUAGUGGAUGUGUGUGGAGCUCAGUCUGCUCCAGGCACCACUGAGGAUCAGCCAGAUGCAGCAUCAGACUUAGAAAACCGAUCUCAUGCAGACGUUUGUCCACCUAAAACACUACAGAAAUUAGAUCAAACCCACAUCGCUGAUCUUGAAUCUAUAUUCAAUCCCGACCUGGAGGGUGGAGCUUUUGGAGGGAGCUGGGAUCAAACAGCCCAUGAGCUGCUGACUGAGGACGAUGCGGCCAACAUGGACGAGAUCCAUCGGCUGUUGCAGGCGGAGCUGGAAGAGAUGGAGAGGGAGGAAAAGCAAAGACAAAAGAGGCGGGGCCAACAUCUGGACAUUCAGUCUGUGGAGCUGAAGCUUCCCACAGAGCUGGCGCUGCAGUUAACCGAGCUGUUCGGCCCUGUUGGAGUAGAGCCAGGAACCUGUUUAGACGAUGACUUCACCGUACAGAUGGAUCUAAAUCUGGCUAAACAGCUCCAUCAGAAGUGGAAGGAAACCAUCCAGGAAAAGCAAAAACAAGCAAAUCUUUCCCUCCAGUUGCUUCAGCAAAGCUUUUGGGGUCAAUCCCAAGGGGCCAAGCAUCAAAGCCAUUUCUUGACUAGCAGAGAUGCCGUUAAGCAACCUGACUCCACUGGUCAGACGCCGUUCACGGACCACUGGAGUAUUUCCCAUCCACCUGUCUCUCUCAGAGAUAUUAUGAAGGAGGAGCAAGCUUUGGAGAACGUGCAGAAGAGCAGACAAAGUCGCAUAGACCCUGAGCGGCGAGACGGAGCCACGCUGCUGAAAGAGAAGCAGCUUUAUUCCAUGUUCCCCACAAUCGACCGCCAUUUUCUCCAAGACAUCUUCAAAGAACACAACUACAACUUGUCACAGACAGAGCUGUUCCUUCGCUCUUUGCUGAACGAGGAACCUGUGAAGACGGUUUUUGCACCAGAAGUUCCUCGAUCCGACCAUUACCGAGCAGCCAGCAAGGAAAGAGAGAAGAGACAGAAAACUCUCGAAUUAGCUGCAGCCGACUAUCAGGACACACAGGACCCAGAAUACGAAGACUUCAGGGCUGAAGCCAGCCUUCAGAGGAGCCGACAGCUGGAGAGCUUUGCUAAGGCUGCAGAAGCGUACAAGCAGGGCCGCAAAGAAGUGGCUUCGUUUUACGCCCAGCAGGGACAUCUGCAUGGCCAGAGGAUGCGCGAGGCCAAUCAUCGCGCAGCAGUUCAUAUUUUCGAGAAGGUCAACUCAUCCCUCCUCCCCAGAAACAUCCUGGACCUCCACGGGCUGCAUGUCAAUGAGGCUUUGGAGCAUCUCGCUCAGAUCUUACAGGAAAAAACUGCAGAGUGUGCACAGGGUUUGUGUCAACCUCAGCUCUCUGUCAUCACAGGAAGAGGGAACCACAGCCAGGGGGGAGUGGCCCGCAUCCGCCCCGCCGUCAUCGACUACCUCACUAACAAACACUACAGGUUCACCGAGCCAAAGCCAGGCCUCGUCUUGGUGUCUUUGAAGUGAGAAGACUUUUCUUUUUUUUUUUUUUUUUUGGCUGCUUCGAGGACAGUUUUCUACUUCCAAAGCACAGAAAAGAAAUACACGUGAGGAGUAUAUAAACACUGCAAACCAGUUUUAAGUAUUUAUUUCUACUCUUUUCAUCUGCUGUUAAAACUACAAGAUAUGAAGGACUGCAUUCAUACGAAUAAUAGUUUUUCUGCAUCUGUGAAGCAUAAAUAGGUGUAUAUUUUUAUCUUUGAAAUGAUUUUAUAGUUUCUAAUUGUCUUAGAAUUAAUACAACCUGGAUUUAGCAAACUCCAUGUUGGAGAAGUAAUUUAAUCCGGCAGUAUUUUAAAAGUAGGACGUACUCUACUAUCUUUAUGAAGCCUUUCUUAAACUGCAAUUGCAGUGAAAUAUAAAUCAGUGUUUCUGAAGAAAACUCUACACUGGCCUUGUAGCCCUGGAAGACGCUUCUCUUUUCUUCACCGAUGAUUGAAGACCACCGAGCAUAAAAUACACAACCUCAUUCAACAGACUUGAACCUCUACUUCAUCAGUUCCUCUGCUUUUAUAUCCGCACUAAUCCUCUGCAGUGUUUCAAAACUUAAUUUAACUUUCAAUUAAUGAGAAAAACAAAAUAAUCUUUUCAAACAUGGUUCAAGUUUCGUCGGCUCUUUGCUUCUUUUAACAGCCUGCGAUAAAUGCCAAAAGUUUGCCAAUUUUUGCAAAAUACUUUUCAAAAGUUUACAUUUUUCAAUUUUAUCAAAUGUUUCAAGCACAUAAAGCAUUUUAUUUUUUAUGCUGUUGGUUUGUAAAAUUUUAUGGAGGAUCUUAUAUUGUGUAAUAAAGUCUAUUUAUCUAAAACAU